AUGAUGUUUUAUUCAUACGAAAGCCACAGCAACAUUUACCUUGAGGCACUGAACAAUGUUAUGGUUAAGUUAUUAAUACCAACUACUGUUUUUUUAUUUGUGCUUUUACUAGCCAGUCUGGUUGGUAAUUGUUUAGUUGUGUACGUUUAUACAUUUAAGAUGAAAUCAAAAACGGAUGACAGAUAUUUCAUUCCAUGCUUAGCUGUUGUUGAUAUGAUCGCAUGCGGCCUUGGAGUAUCAUUUGGGAUUUGUUUGAACUUUAAUCCGUUGAACUUUCGAAAGGGUGUAAUAUGUAAAUUGAUCUGGAGUGCAAAUCAAUAUACUGCAACGAGUUCGGGUCUGAUGCUAUUAGCAAUUGCUGUGCAACGGUAUAUUAAGGUCAGCCGACUAUCGAACUCUUCUAUGAGCCUACGAAGUAAACGAUUGACAAUUACUGCAAUCAUAAUUGUAUCAAUUGUUAUAUCACUACCGUGUGUUGUCUUGUAUGGCGAAACGGAGAUUCUGGUUCAACUAAUUUUGCAGAUGCGGAUUAUUCUGUUGACAAAUUUGAAUCUUACAGCACGGACAUGGAAUCAAAAACGACAAGCAACCAAAAAGGGCACGAAUGGAGGAUUUGACAUGCCGGGUCAUAUGUCUACUGCUCCUUCUGCAAUCCAUACAAGACGAACAUCAAAAUUAAUGAGAAUUUUCAGUCGAAUCAAACCCAAACAUCGAUUCUCUAUAAUGUUUUUCCUUAUCAUACUAUUAUUUUUUAUCACCUAUUUCCCUAUAAUUGCAUUGAUGAUUAUAGAAUCUGUGAUAACAAGUUUCUGGGAUACGUUAACAAACGCUGAAUACGUCGUAGUUUUGUGUAUUUACAGAGGAUAUCUAAUGAAUAAUGUUGUUAAUCCUGUAAUUUAUUUAAUAUUUGAUACAAUUUUUUAGAACAUCUUGCAAACAACUGUGUUGUAGAAAUUGACGAGACUACAAUAAUG